ACCGCCACCACCAUCGCCACUGCCACCACUACCACCGCCACCACCACCACCACUGUCAUCACCGUCACCACCUCCAUCGCCACCACUACCGCCAUCACCAUCGCCACCCCCACUGCCACCACCACCACCGCCACCACCACCGCCACCACCAUCGCCACCACCACCACUGUCAUCACCGCCACCACCACCACCGCCACCACCACCGCCACCACCAUCGCCACCACCAUCGCCACUGCCACCACUACCACCGCCACCACCACCACCACUGUCAUCACCGUCACCACCACCAUCGCCACCACUACCGCCAUCACCAUCGCCACCCCCACUGCCACCACUACCACCGCCACCACCACCGCCACCACCACCGCCACCACCAUCGCCACCACCACCACUGUCAUCACCGCCACCACCACCACCGCCAGCACCAACACCACCACCGCCACCACCACCACCACCACCGCCACCACCACCGCCACCACCACCGCCACCUCCACCACCACCGCCACCACCACCGCCACCACCACCACCACCGCCACCACCGCCACCACCACCGCCACCACCGCCACCACCACCACCGCCACCACCAUCGCCACCACUGUCAUCACCGCCACCACCACCACCGCCACCACCAUCGCCACCACCAUCGCCACCACCACCACCACUGUCAUCACCGCCACCACCACCACCACCGCCAGCACCAACACCACCACCGCCACCACCACCAUCGCCACCACCAUCGCCACCACCACCACUGUCAUCACCGCCACCACCACCACCGCCACCACCAUCGCCACCACCAUCGCCACCACCAUCGCCACUGCCACCACUACCACCGCCACCACCACCACUGUCGUCACCGUCACCACCACCAUCGCCACCACUACCGCCAUCACCAUCGCCACCCCCACUGCCACCACUACCACCGCCACCACCACCGCCACCACCAUCGCCACCACUGUCAUCACCGCCACCACC